AUGACUGAGCUUGGCCUUAACUUGGACAGUGACUCCAUGGCUCUCCAACCUUCUAUGCAAAAACUUUUCGUUGACAAGUUGUUUUUGCCUGCUUGUAAGGUCGUUCUCCCGGAGAGCGUUUAUAACCGCUGUGGAGGAUCUUAUGCUGAGUCUGUCUCCCGUGGGUUGUUUAAGUCACGCGCCAAUAAUUCAAUUCCUUCAAACUCUUUGUCCGCUGUGGUGGCAAUAAUGCGUGAGUUGGUCCGUGAGGACCAAUCCUUGGCCAUGUUCCGCCAUUUUCGGUUCAAAAUGACAUCUUUCGGGUUCAAGGCGCCUUUUGAUGGUGACAAUUAUUCCGAUAUACUGCCGAACAUGUUGGAUUGGAGUAGAUUAAGUCCCAACAAGGUCAAAGUCGACGUUGGGGUGAACUUUUUUGUUCGUGGUGCCGGGCCACUUGGUCCACUUAAAUUGGUAACUUUCCUGAAGGAGGAGUUCGUAACGUUUGCUGGGGAGCUGGUGGGUGGAGACACGACGGUGUCAAAGCCUAUGGACAUGGGUCUUGGUCGGUUCAGAGGCCUAGAAGGCAAAAAUAAAUCCCCUGGUGUUGGUGAGGCCUCAAAGGUCAUUUUUUACAAUGACAUCAAGGCACCCUUUUCCAUGCAGGAACCUGGGUUUAAUGGCUCUGUUGCGGAUGAGUGGUCUCCGGCAAAGACUCGAAGUACCGUUUCUCACACGGAUGGACAUUAUAUGUCUAAGAGAAAACGGUAUCAGAGUCGAAUGUCGGAGCACCACUCCACCCAAUUUACCAUGCGCUUGGAGGUUCGCGUUGUGGCUGGCGACGUUGGUUUUGGUCUUUUGGCCAGCUUGGAAGGCAAAAUUCGUGCAUUGUAUGACAUGGGUGCCUUUGUUCACGUGCAAAACGUUGCAUACUUUGCCUACGCUGACCACAUUUUGCGGUACACGUAUCAAGUAAUUACGUCCAAUUGUGAUAGUCUGCAACUGCAUGAUGUUUCUGGUCUGGCCUUGGCCGUUUUUUUCAUGAACAGUCUGUUCCACCCUGGGAACGCUUCUUCCACGUGCUCCAAGAACUUUGUGAAAGAUUACCGUUGUAGCCAGAACCGUCUGUGCUUCCUGCCAGGAUCUUUUUCGUUUGAUAACAAUCGUAUUAAAUUUAACCAUUCGUUUGACCUGACCAGAAUGAGAAAGAUGUUUCCUGGUAACAAAAUUAUACGCACUAUGACCAUAGAUGGUGACCGCGUUCUGGACGACUUGGAAAGAAUGGCUGCCGCGGAGGAUGUGAAUCCCGCCGAAAUCAAUUCUAUGCAUGAAAUGGCACUUAACAACACGCUGUACUUAAAUAUUGAUAUCAGUUGGAGAUCCCUUCGACAUUUCCAUUGUGUCCUCCUGGCGGCAUCGGUGUAUAUUCUCGAAUAUGUGCCGAUGUCGUGCCCUACCAAGAUGUUCCGUCGUACAUCGCCAACAACCAUCGCAUCGAGAAAAGUAUCUUGGUUCUUAGAACCAAAGGACGUUUCGGUACUACGCUUGGUUUAUCCUUCAUUUUGA